AUGCAGGUCAACAAGGGAGAUAUCUCCUCAACACUCCCAAUCAAGGGCAGCCAAAGUACUCGGCAGUCACUGGCACCAUUUGUGCGCCCAGCUCAGAUGGCCAUGUUUGCACGAAAAGCAUUACAGUCUAAAGAAGAUACCCUACGUUUCACGGUCACCAUCGAGUCCAGUAGCUCAUUCCCCGCACAAUCAUGGGAAGCGCAGAUCUGGCACAACAUCAAUGGACCCAAAUGGGGAUCUCUACCAUUGCAGAGUUGCAAGACAGAUCAUGCCGCUCUUUUGACCGGAGAUGACAGCGAGUACAACUAUCAUCGUUAUGUAUUCUCAGAGGUAGUAUCUCUGCCAGCCGCAGGCGGUCAUGCACAGUUCACCGUGCGCUUCAGAACUGGUCCAGAUACGGAAUGGCAGUGGGCCAAUGAAACUCACCACGUGAGCGAUGGUGAAAUUGUAUAUAGUGCACGCCACUCUGCUUUCGACGAGGCUCUAUCUACGGAACUUGCAGCGCAAUUCCCCAAAGAACAGCUUGAGAAAUACAUCGACACCCUCCACGAGGACUUGCAGAUUCAAUCACGGCCUAGUGAAGCUCCUGGUUCGGUCCUCUGGGCUCUGUCUGGCGAUAUAGAUGCUGUUCAAAACGGAUCUUCAAUCAUCAAACAAGUUGCACUUGGGACCCCGUCGUCAGUGGUGAAGUAUUUCUCAUUGGUUCGUGUUUGGAGCCCAUGGUUGGGUCCUAGACAUGGCAAAGACAACUUUCGACUUACCGAAGAUGCAAUACUUUGCUCUUUUCUGCGCAGAGAUGGCAUCAAUCUUGUUCUACUGGCUGUUUCGGGAGUCAAUGAUGUUUUGACUGUGUUUCAGUCAGGAGCAGAGGGUGAAGUUGUCAUCUCCGCAAAGAGUGACAAUUCAGAAACAUCAAAGUUCCAUGUGCUUGUCAGCGCCGCGGAGAACUUCGAAGUUGCCAUGUCUGCGGUAGUUUACGAGGCACGGAAAGUAGUCAGACCUUUUGCAGAUCCGAGUCAUCUGGAUCUGAAAGAUUCAGUCCCAUCAUCUCCCCUUGGUGAUGAUAUAGUCCUUGUCGAGAAGGAUCCAAGUGCACAGUGGCUGUCCGAGUGGUUUGACGGUCUCACAUAUUGUACCUGGAAUGGACUGGGGCAGGAUCUCACGGAACAGAAAAUCAUGCAUGCCCUGGACUCACUGAAGUCUAAUGGGAUCAACAUCACCAACCUUAUUAUUGAUGAUGGUUGGCAGACAAACGACAAUGAGAGUGAAUCUCAGUUCAAGCAAGGCUGGAAACAGUUUGAGGCACAUUCAAAGGGAUUUCCUAAAGGAUUAAAGCAUACUGUAGGAGCUAUUCGUCAAGCACAUCCCAAUAUUGAACAUGUUGCGGUCUGGCAUGCUUUACUGGGCUACUGGGGAGGUAUCUCACCAGAUGGCGAUCUAGCUCAAAGAUUCAAAACAAAGCGAGUGAAGAUCAAAGAUCCCGCCGCGAAUGGACCCAUUGAAGAGAAUCUUCCAGACGGAACGAUUCUCGCCAUUGACCCCGAGGAUAUUAAACAAUUCUAUGAAGACUUUUAUAGUUACCUUACAUCUGUCGGUAUAGACUCAGUCAAGACGGACGCACAAUUCUUCCUCGAUCUUCUUGAGGACGCCGAGGACCGCCGGCGAUUCAUGACUUCUUAUCAAGAUGCAUGGUCUAUCGCAUCACUCAAGCACUUCAGCACUCGGUCAAUGUCUUGCGGAUCAAUGACCCCCCAGAUAAUCUUCCAUUCGCAAAUGCCAACCAACAAACCGGCGCUUCUACUGCGGAACUCUGACGACUUCUUUCCAGAUGUUACCGCAUCUCACCCGUGGCAUGUAUUCUGCAAUGCCCACAACGCACUAUUCACCCGUUACUUGAACGUAUUGCCCGACUGGGAUAUGUUCCAGACGAGUCACGCAUACGCAUCAUUCCACGCAGCUGCACGAUGUGUUUCGGGAGGGCCGAUUUAUAUCACCGAUGAGCCGGGUAAACACGACUUGAGCCUGCUCGGUCAGAUGACUGCACCUACGGUCAAAGAAACCACGGUGAUCUUGCGUCCUAGUGUCAUCGGACGCACGAUAGACAUAUACCACGACUACAACGAAGGGAAUGUCCUGCGUAUUGGAAGCUACACCGGCUGGGCCAAGACCGGAAGUGGAAUUAUGGGCCUUUUCAAUAUGCAGUCUGCCGAAGCCUCGAUCAUAGUCUCACUGAUGGAUUUCUCGGGAAUUCACGAGGACUCCGAAGGCCAGUAUAUCGUGCGCGCACACAGCAGUGGUAGGAUCUCACCUCGCAUGCGGGCCUCUACCCAGAAAUCUGUGGUGUCAGUUGUUUUGGAGCCAAAAGGCUGGGAAAUUCUCACCGCAUACCCGAUUCGGUCGAUCCCGCUAACGGGAGGUCGUGGUGGAAAUCCCUCUGGUGAUAAUCUGACACAUGUGGCGGUGCUGGGACUUUUAGGAAAGAUGACUGGCGCAGCAGCUAUGGUAACUUCGGAUACAUCUGUUCUUGAGAACGGCCGUUUGCGACUCAAUAUCAGCUUAAAAGCACUGGGCACUCUGGGGAUCUAUUUCUCAGAUCUCCCAAACAAGAGCAUCGCAGAGAACUUCAUGGUCAUGAUUCUAGGACGGCCAGUUCCACAGAGUACAGUGUGGAAACAGGGUGGGGAGAAUGCUAAUGUGCUGGCAAUUGAUGUAUUGACAGCAUGGAGAUCCAUGAAGUUGGACAGUGGAUGGAGUAACGAGGCCUUUGUACAGGUUUUUGUAGGCUGA